CCCAAAUAUACCCUUUUUUUUCUUUUGCUUAAUGGUGUUAAAAAUCAGGUUUUUGGGUUCUUUUAUCCAAUAUAUCAAGGAUUCAAGAAACAGGGCUUUGAAAGAAACUUCACAUUGGUACUUCCCAAGUGUGUAGGCUUUUCUUUAAUUAUAAAGGAUGCAGUUCCUGAAGCAAUCAUUCCUGAUUUUCCUGUUUUGCACUAACCCAUUUAAAACUAGAUUAGGCUACAGAGGAGAUCCUUCCAUAGCAAGGUGAUUAGAUUUCUUUACUUGGAGUAUUUAAUUCCUGAGAUGCAGAGGAACCUCAGUUUUCUAAAAUAUCUUCAUUUUAUUGUUAGACUGAAUUUUAGCCCCUUCUAGAGCAACAAUUCCAGUUUUGUCAAUGAAUCCUGGCAGUGCUGGUGCAUGGAUUGGGAUCUGGGAAGAGGCAGAGGUUUUUUUCAGCCUUGGCUGGGUAGAAUAUGAGUCACCUGCUGUUGUAAUUUCUCACUCCUGAUUGUUGGUGCUGCUACAAGCUCCAAGGAAAAGCUCUGAGCUCAGCACCAGCAAUAGGAGGUUCAGGCUGGGUUGGCUUUAAAGCUUCUUGUUAGAGCUGGUCCCAAAUGAGGCCAAGCUGGGCCUUUUCCUCCAGUGCCCAUUCUUUGGAAGCAGCAGAGCAACUUGUGACACUUCAUGCAAGCUAAAAAGAUGAGCUGCUUUUGAAAUUUGGUAUCUGCAGCCUGAUCCCUACCUGGAACUGGUGGCCACUGGUGUUCCCCACCUUCCAGGUGCUCCAGGAACCUCAUCAUGGGACCUGAAGGGAGACAGGAAAACAGCCCAACUACUUAACAGCUGCUGUUAUGGAGAUGGGAAUAUGUAAGAUUUCCUGGGGAAUGGCCUGAUUUGCUGCAGUGAAAACAUCCAAUUUAAGGGUAAUGAAACUUAAGAAUAGGCUGCAGACAGAUUUGGAAUCUCAUCAACAGUUUUCUAGGAGUUACUUGGACAGUGUUCACCAGGGAUGGUCUGACCCCCCCUCCAUGUGCCAGGCAAGUCCUGGUACAAGUACAGGAUUUACAGAAGGAAGAGUUUCAGAGAACCCACCUUUCAGUGAGUCAUUUGGUGUUUGUGGGGAAGGAUCUCUCCUGAAUCUGUGAACUCCAGAGCAGACCUCAAAUCCCAGAAUUCCCUUAAAUUUUAAGAUCAAGCUUGUGCUUAUGAGCUUAGUUUAAUAGUGCUAUAUUAACGAGUUUAAGAGGUAAUAUAUGGUGAGGCAUCCGUGUGUGGAAGGAAAACAUGAGCUGGUGAGAUCCCAGGAAUCCAAUAUGAAAAUAUGCACUGCUGGGUUUUUCUAAGGUUUUGGGUGCAUGUUCUGUCCCAACCCACCUCCCCACAAUCCAACUGGGAGUGCUCUUUCCACUGUGCUGUAGCAGACUGGCCUAUUUUUAUUACAGUUUGUGGUAGUUUGCAGUGUACAGUCUAGUUAAAAAAUAUAGAUAUAUUAGGAAGCAGAGCUGUGUAAUGAGUCUCUCCCCUGGUCUUCCAGGGCAGUUUGUCUGCCAGCCUUUCUGUCUGACCCAAAUGUCCUGUUUCAAAGCCCUGCUUCACUCUGAUGGCGCCUGUGAGCUGUUGUUAAGGGUCUGGGAGCAGCCCCGGGAUAAAUCCCCACUUCCAGGAGUUUAUAAUCCAGCAGUAAAAACUUGCUCUAGGCUGAAACUUGGCGUAUAAAGUCUGAGUGGGGGAACAACUGUGAUUUCUCCCUCCUUUAUUUUCGCAGUUGGUUCUACACACAUGAUUUAUUGGGAAGGUUUUUACUGUCCCCAUUUGGUGUUUAAAAAGAUUAAAUGCAUGGCCUACAUAUUAAAGACACUCAACAGCUGGUUCUGGUGGGAGAAUAUCUGGAUGCCAAUCAAUUGUACAUGGGCAGAUUUUGUAGACCGGGAUGGCCUUGUCUUUCCCAAACCACAUCAGUUAUAUGCCACAAUUCCAUAUGCUUUUGUAUUGCUGAUUAUCCGAUUCUUCUGUGAAAGAUAUGUUGCCAUUCCUCUGGCAAAAGCCUUGGGUAUAAAGAAUGUAAGACGUGUGAAGCCACAGCCUAAUCCUGUUUUAGAGAGUUAUUUCCGGGAGUGCUCAAGACAUCCAUCCCAAUCAGAGAUUCAAGGCCUUGCCAAGAAGUGCAACUGUACUGUCCAUUUGGUGGAGAAGUGGUUUAGGAGACGGCGGAACCUUGAGAUCCCAACAGUCCUUCGGAAAUUCCGGGAGGCUUUCUGGCGUUUCUCAUUCUAUCUGACAUCCUCCAUUGUUGGAUUUAUAUUUCUGUAUGAUAAACCCUGGUUUUACGACAUCUGGCAGACGUGGGUUGGAUACCCGUUUCAGACCCUGCUGCCAUCCCAGUACUGGUACUACAUGGCUGAGAUCGGGUUUUACUGGUCUCUCUUAUUUACCCUUGGGAUUGACAUCAAAAGGAAGGAUUUCAUGGCUCACGUUGUCCAUCACUUGGCAGCCAUCGGGUUGAUGAGUGGCUCUUGGUGUGGCAACUACGUGCGCCUCGGGACUCUGGUGAUCUUUGUGCACGACACUGCAGAUUUCUGGCUCGAGGCAGCCAAAAUGUUUAAUUAUGCUCACUGGGAGAAAACCUGCAAUAUACUCUUUAUCAUCUUCUCUAUCGCAUUCUUCAUCACCAGGAUCAUCCUGUUCCCCUUCUGGAUUCUUCGUGCCACACUCUAUCUGCCAACCUACUAUUCCACGACUCCUGUCAUAGCCUAUUUUUUAUUCAAUGGGAUGCUGUUGACCCUCCAAGGCCUGCAUUUAUACUGGGGUUACUUAAUCUACAAGAUUUUGAAAAGGUUCGUUUUCCUAAAGGACUUGAAAGAUGAUCGGAGUGAUGAAGAGGAGGAAGAUUCUGUCACAGAUACUGAGGAGGAGUCCACAAAGAACGGCAGCAAGAGCAGCAGUGGGUCAAGCAAACACCUCCUCAGUGGCAGUCACCACUAGCCCUGUCCUGCCCCACCUCCUGCAGUGAUUUCUGCUCUGGUUUCAGCCCAACCUACAGGAUAGAAUUUGAGUCAAAAGGCUUGUGAGAGACUGUGAUUGAUUUAUUGUUGGCUACUGGACCUGGAAAAAAGCCCAGUUUAGAGGGAAGGGAGAAAUUGCAUCAAAUGACAAAACGUGUUAAUGACCCACUUUCUGAAUCGUUGGGAAGUGUGUGGGAAGAGGUUUGGACACUGACAGUGCUCCACUAGGGCAGAGCUCAGGGGAGUCAAAUAAUUCAGUGUCCCACUGGUUUUCAAUGAGAUAUAUUCCAUCAAACAGUUUAAAUCACAGAUGUUUUGGGGUAGGUAACUUAGUGCGAACUCCAUUAGGAACCAGAAUUACUCAACGUGGGAAAAAUCUGACAGUGCUCUGCAGGGACUGGCACUUGAGUCUUUACUCUUCAGUUGAAACCCUCAUCAAGAAUGAUAUUUUUUUAAAUUAGAUUUCAUUUCCUGGAGGCUGGAGGAAGCAAACAUGGAGGAAUUCAAAUGACUUGCCUGUGAAGAGUUGGCUUCAGUGCAGAAAUACAGUCCUUCUCUGAAAUGUGCUGUAUGAUAGAUAGGUCAAAUAUUGUGUUCUAAGAUUUACCUGUCAAGGAAACCACUGUUAAAACAGCAAAACUCAACCCUGACUCUCCACUGAGCUCCAGGUUUCCCAAAUGUCUUUCAGUCCUUUUGGCCCAGUGUUAGAACAGAAGGGGCAGUGGGGAGAGAAGAGAGUGAAUGGAAAUUGGGUCUUUUCACAGAUCCUUGUGCACUUACUUGUAUUCAAAACACCUCCUGUUCCUGACACAUCUUCAGCCCAGAGGGUUAAAAACAAAUCUCAUCCAGUCCCUUCUUGUGAGCUCCUUUGAUAUUGUGUUCUCUGGAGCAAGUGCUAAAUUCUGAUUUGAGGUUGCGGAGUGUUCACUGCAGGUAUCCAGGCUUUGGGGACUGGCAUGGAAUGUCACACUGUCAGUGCUGUGGGUUCAUCUGAUACCAGGAUCUGUAUUUCCAUCUCUGCUCUGUUAUAAAAUGGGGAAUCACAUAAGUUAGAGCCAAACUUAGUGUGACUUUGGCCACAUACCAUUGUUUAUCUGUAAGCAGUGGAGGAACAGUGGAUGUUUGAUCAGUUCCCCAAAGUGCCUCUAUCCUAAAUUUGCCCCUCUUUUCUAACCCCACUGUGGAGUGCAGCAGCAUUUUCAGUCUCAGGGCUUUCCAGGGAGAGCCUGGGCCUUGUAAACAGGGUGGUGCCAGUCUCACUUCCAGCUGCAUGAGCUCACAAGGCCAUAAAUGAUUGGUGUCAUAAGUUUUAGAGGCUCUGCAUGUGAUUCUACAGUAGCUGAGAUCAUCUGGGGUGCUAAAUCCAGUAGCCUGAUGGAGGCCAGGGGAGCAGGGCUAGAACAGCCCUGGAGCAGAGCACUUGGUUUGGGAAGGCUCUGCUUCCCUUGAGCUGCUCAGGCAGGAAUUGGUGACCUACAGGAAGUGUGACAUGACUGACUUGUUUUCCCAAGAUUUCCUUGGCAAGGGGGAUGUAAUUCAGCGACUGAAGCAUUUGAAAGAAGGGGAAAUGUUUGGGAUCUCAGAUAUGAAGAGAGGAGUGUUUUCUGUGCAGGUACAAGAAGCUGCAGAAGUGCUUUGUUACAGAGGCUUCAUUUUUCGCAGUGUUUGAUUUUUUACUUGCAUUUUGGAGCAGGUAAUACCCCAAAUGUGCCUGUGUUUUACCACACAGAGAAUUCCACUGAGGAAGGAGCAUGGCCUACAGCUUCUGAGAAGGAUGGGAGGUGUGUGCUGGUGGAAUGGGACCAUCUAAAGCAACUGCUGAGUUUGGCAGGGGCACAGUUGCAUAUCAGGGCCUGUUUAUUGCCUACAUGAAAAACACUGGCCUUUCCUAACAAAACGUGGAAAUUCAGCAUCUUGGAGGCUUUACACUCCCUUGGAGAGACAACUGUGCUUUCUUUGAGAUGUAAGGGAGUUUUGGGAGGUGGCCAGGGUAUUAUCAUUUAAUUUUGGUGCCAGAAGCUUUCCUCCUAUGACUAGGAAAGGAAUUCAGGAAAGGAAACACAAGGAAUGAUGUUGUCACAGGAAUGAGCCUCUGAACAACUACUGAUUUUUAAACUGGAAUUUAUAGUCUCCUUGAGGCCAAACCUUGCCCUUUCUGCUCAGGACAAGCCUCCCACUGAAGCCAAUUAACUCAAUUGGAGUCUUGCCUAGGAGAAAUUUUGGAUUGCAGUUAUCCAGCCUAAUUGCCAGAACCGUUGUUCUAAGUCAGUGUGAAACUGGGGUCUUCGAGGAAGAGCAGAAGGUAGAUAAAUACACUCAAAUGUAAAGCAUUGAGGCAAAUUUUGGGUGAGUACAGAAGAAUAUGGAAGAAAACAACAUCCUGAGGGUGAAGAUUGUCUGGGCACAAUAAACAACCAAAUAACUCCAUCAUGUGUCAGUGAGGGGUGUCGAGGACAGGCCGUGAGUUGCUGCCAUGGCACACACAGGGAUUAGACCUAAACAUCCUGAAUGUAAAGCUCUAGGAACUGGGAAUAAAUACCCCCAGCAGAGAAAGAAGUGGGAAUGGAUUGUGACAGUGAGACUGGAUGUAUCUCCCCUGUUAACAUCAGAUUGGUCAUUCCUGAAGUUAUGGGAGCUUCAUUUUCCACUUGUUACUGAUAGAAACCCAGAAACAAGAAGCUGAGCUCACAGGGACACAAUUCCUGCCAAAGAAAUUCAUGUCAUGGUGCUUCAAGAUUUUCAGUCUAUUCAAUGCAAUGCAAUGAAAAUUCAGCCUUAACAUUUUUAUCAUCUUGGUGUGAAAAGAGUCUCCAAACGCAGGUGCAGAAAAGCUGUAGGUGUGGCUGGGAGCACAGGCUCUGACAUGUUAUUGUCACCAUUUCACAAAGGGUGUCCUGGUUCAAUGAGGUGACACAGUGCUUCUGGCUUUGCUGUGUCGGUCUGACCGUGCCAAAAUAUUUCUAAUAGUUAUAGACUGAAAAUCAAAUCUUAGUCCAUCAGACUCAGGGGAAACUCUUCUGUUCCAUUUAAUGUCUCUGUCUUUAGUUCAGGUAUUCCUGUCCAUGUGUACUACGCUGCCUCUGUACUUAUUCCAUACUUAGAUUUACCAGCCUGCUCUGGAUUUUAUUUACAGAUCUCCUUUGCUCCACUGAACUCAUUUUCUCAAUUCAUAUUAUUUGGUAUAAUUAUCUUUUUUUGUUGUUCUUAACACCACUGACUUUGCCUGGUCAGUUGUGAUACACAUUACAAAUAAAUAUUUUUUGAAAACA